AUGGCAGCACCUAGCACGUUUGGAGAGUUAGGCCUCUCCAUUAUCGGCCUCGGAAUCGAGUACCCGCCUCAUUCACUUGACCACACUUCUGUACAUGUCCUCAGCGCGAGGUUCUACCCAGAUACACCAUCAAUGAAAAAGGUUCUUGGAAUCAACCAAUACACAGGCAUACAUACGCGGUCCUCCAUCGGCACUCCAGACCAACCGGUCGUUAAUCAACAGCAUGCGCCUUCAAUAGCAGAGCUCCACAAACUCUUUCAAUCAGAUGGGGUCCCUCUCGCGAUCCGGGCCGCUCGCAAAGCCCUCGCCGAGGCUAAAAUUGAUCCCCGUCAAAUAACCCACAUAGUCGCCACGACUUGUACAGACAGCGCAAAUCCAGGUUUCGACCACUUUGUCGCAAAAGGUCUCGGAAUUAAACAUGGCGUCGAGAAGGUUCUCUUACACGGGGUAGGAUGUAGCGGUGGUUUGGCGACUCUACGAACCGGCGCAAACCUGGCACUGGGACAUACAGCCCGAAAACUGCCUGCACGUAUCUUAUGUGUAGCCCUUGAGAUUAGCACCACCAUGGUGCGAAGCGAACUGGAUAGCAUCAACGCGAUGCAGGAAACGAGAAUAGGCGCAUGUCUGUUCUCGGACUGUGGGAGCGCAGCCGUCUUGAGUAAUGGCAUCGGAGAGCCUGCCGAGCCCAUCUACGACCUGCUUGGAUGGGACCAAAGAAUAAUACCAGAUACUGAGGAUGACUUAGGCUUCGACGUCGAUCCGGUCGGCUGGAAAGUUGUACUCACCCCACGAGUGCCAAAGCUCACCAGAGCCUCUAUGGCACCCACAUUCGAAGACCUCAAGGCAUCGCUGCCGCAUCUUCCUCCUGAUUACCAAAACGCAACUGAUUUCGACUGGGCCAUGCACCCAGGCGGUGCCGCCAUUCUUUCCGGCGCCGAGCAAGCCAUGGGCAUCUCUGCCGAACAUAUGCGAGCCAGUUACGACACCUACAUCAACCACGGAAACUCGAGCUCUGCCACCAUCUUCAGCGUCAUGGAUCGCCUGCGUUCUAAGGAGAUGGACGCCCUUGCCCCGGGAGGCCGGGUACGCGACUAUGUUGUCGGAUGUGCAUUUGGUCCUGGUAUAUCUGUUGAGAUGUGCAUGCUGAAGCGUAAUAUGGGCUACGGCACCAAGGUGGACGGGAUUCAGACACCACCACCCAAAACAUCACUCGAAACACCGCCCGAAACCAAGGUCGAGGUGAGUAAAGUCGGAGAUGGCGAGCGGGCCUCCGCGAUGAGCGGGUUUCCAGCCGGGAAGCAUUCGGUGAUGGACUCAUGGGACCAUGGUGCGGCGUCUGUGACCAUGUCAUUAGAGCCUCUGAGUCUAGAUUAG